AUGAUGUCCUUUCAAGACUUCCUUCCGUCCGACACACCCAAGUAUAGAUAUAAGAGUUACGACGAAUGUCUUCAACUUUUCGAAGAGAAGUACGAUGAGCUUAAGUGUGAAGAAGAUCCGCUUGGACAGGCGUAUAACCCUUAUUUCAUCAUGGAUGUGGACGAGUGCUCCUUCCUGGACUGUUUUGUAUACUCGGGGGAAAGACUACUGACACUGUCUUGGGAAAUCUAUGACCAUGUCAGCCAGUCCACACUAUUGAGAAUGGAAUCCUCCCAGCACGCUGUUGCCAUCGGGGCUUUUACUACUAUCUUCUCUGCCUGGGCCAGGACAGUUCCCCCCGAGGUAGAAAAUACUAGCACCAGAACAGUCCGUGGCGCUACCCGAACCAAACGAGCCGACAUAUCAUGGGCACCAAAAAACAUGCCGCGUGGGCUUUCCCACAAAUGGCCAACUUUUGUUGGCGAGGUAGCUUGGUCUGAGCCUCGGUCGAAAUUGAUAGCUGAUAUGAAGUUCUGGUUGAAUGAUCCGGGCAGUUGUGUGAAUGCCGCGAUUACCAUCAGUGUGCUCCGUGGCCGAAUUUUGAUUGAGAAGUGGGAGACAUCUGGCAAUCAGACUCCAUCGCCAUCCCAAGCACUCGAGAUAUGCCGCAAUCCGAAGCACGGUUUCCCUCAAGUCAGUGGCAAUUUGUCCAUCAACUUCGCGGAUGUUUUUUUGAGGAAUCCUGACCCUGAAAAGGGGGAAGAGGAUUUCAUUCUUACUGAAACUGAUAUGCAUGAAAUGGCGGACCAGGUUUGGUCAUUUCAAUAUGAUUCCUAA